AUGUCGCUGUCGACGCUGCGGCGGAGAGAAAAUUCGAGGGCCAGAGAGCUGACGCCUGAUGGACGAGCACCAGGUGAAGAUCAGGCUCAAGGCGCUCGAGCUCCUGGCUGUGGUGCCGGAGAGGGCAGAAGGUUGGAGAUCGGGGUCGCUGACAGGAGAUUGGAAGCCCUGUUGGAGGAGGAAAGGACUAGAGCGGCUUCGGUGCCAGUGGCUGGUGUCCGCCGACUCCGGUUGGAGGAUGGGCGAGACCAAACCCGGGCCUUGGAUGAUGGAGGCCGGGAGGCUGCUGGUCGUGGGGCGCAAGGUGGACCCAUCGGAACCUUGGAGGACGGAGCCAGAGCCAUGGGGCUUGGCCAGCGUCAAGGCGGACCGAUGGAGGCCUUGGAUGAUCCCAGAGCCAGAGCCAUGGGGCUUGGCCAACUUCAAGAUGCGGUCCGGCAGUCCUAUGAAGUUCUUCAACAAGCUUUGGGACGGACACAGCCGGGACCAGGGCUACUAGAUCCCCUUCUUCAAGGCAAUGAUCAAGGUGUUCAAAGGGGUGGUGUUCUCGACGACAGAGGGGAACGAUCGCUCUUGCAAAGUACUCCAGCUCGAGUUCAGGCGGGCCAUAGACCUGAAGUUGGACGUUCAGGAGGCUGUGAAAGCGCUGAUGGACUUCGUGCCGGAGGUCAAGUUGGGGGCAGAACUGACAUAGCCCCAAGAGUUUUGGAUCCAUACGGGACGCCUGGACAGAACCAAGGUCAACAGGUGAAUCCUUUUUGGAGUGACGCAGUUCGCAGGGGUGCCAUGGAACGCGCUCCUGGAGCUGGAGAUCAACGUGGUUCGCCGGCCGGACAGGUUGGUGUGAGUGGCUUGACUUCUGGACGUGAUAGGAAUCCAGUGGAAAGCCCCAAGGAUGAAGUUGAACGUUUGCGUGCUCGGAUCCUACGGGAGGCUGAAGAGGCCUUUGGCAGGGAGGUGAAGAAGCUUGGAAUCUAUGAAAAGGGCGAUGGUGACUCCUAUCACACGGCAACGAGUGCGGGUGGUGGUGGAGGUCAGUCGCAGGUUCCUCGGCAGCCUCAAGCUGAUGGUCCAUCUUUGGAACCUCCUCCGGGAUUGAAUCAUGUGAAGAUAUCUGAUGGAGCAGGAGCUGAACGAAGUGCUCUCCUGAAGAACCUUACUGACUUGAAGCCUGGUAGUUCAGUGGCAGAUGUCCUGAGCUCGAUUAGGCUAUGGAGACGAUGGAUUUCCCGUGCAGAGGAACUUCGUCUGACGAUACCAGAUUCCCUGGUACUCAUGCAGGCCCUCAAUAAGGUCUCUGAGGCGCUGAGCCGCAUGGGUGGGAACCAAGUGACGUAUCGGAUCUCAGCUGUUCGUCAGGAGCUACAGGUCGACCAAAGACCGGGGUUGUCGGCGGUCAAGGAGUUUGCCGAAUUCCUCCAAGCGGAAGGUGAGGAGCUGGCAUUGAUGGCAUCGGCCUCGACCAAGGGCGUCGGAGUGGCCGCAACUUCGAGUGGCGGUGCCGGGGGCACGUCGCUUAAGGCAGUGGCGAUGUCUGGGGGAGCCAAUGGAGGGCAGGACGAGAAGUCAAGGGGUCCUUGCCGCUUUUGGGGCACCUCAAACGGCUGCCGACGUGGAGAUACUUGUGGUUAUACCCAUUUGUGGGAUGGUGUCGAGAAGAAGGAUCGAAUACAAAGCAGCCAUAACCCAAGGGUGGCCAAGGUGAAGGGUGCUGAGAAGGAAAAAGACUCACCGGCCAAGGGAGAGCAGCUGAAGGCCGAGGAGCAGGGGCCGACUUCGGUCAGUGGGAGCCGGAGCCCAGCCAGGCCGAAGGUCGAGGAUCCGAUUCCCAAUGGGGAUGGAGGCCAACCUCAUG